GCUCGCCCUCUGCUGUCUGCUUUGAAACCUGACCGCCCUCCUUCCUCCUCAGAGCUUCUCAGCAGCUUCAGGAACUGCAGAAACUCACACUUCACCACUCACAGUCCUGCAGCUCCAGAUAACUCUCUUUAUCCAGCCGUUUCCUCUGGAUUAUAGAGAAGGAGCCGCUUCUGAGGAGCUGAGGAGAGCUUCAGUCAGAUCCUCCUGAACUUCUUCAGCCAUGGAGGGAUCUGAGAGCUCCAUAAACCGGAUUGGUCGCACUAUUUGGACAGUCUGGGGUUAUCUCUCAGGGGCUGUGGGAAGAUACCUCAAACCAGAGGUCUCAAACGAAGAAGACAAGCAAAAUGGAGAAGACACCGCGGCCGACGUGACCAUCAGCAAGAGUUACAGAGAGCUGAAAGAAGAUGAAGAAGAGACAGAAAGGAGUGAGACAAACACCUGGGCCCAAAGUGAGAGCCCCCAGAGUGGCGUCCGGGUGCGGCUUGCAGCCGUUCAGUGGGAAAAGGCGAGCAUACGCAAGGGAGGCACAAAAAGAAAAACUGGCACUGGGGUUGCGUGGAACACUGGGGUUCAGGAGGGUUGUAAAGAGGGCACUGAGAGAAAAGUACAUGAGAAGAGGGAUGGUGAAGCUUCAGACAACAACAACGAGGCGGUCAGAACCAACAGUAAUGAUUUUGUUGAAGAAGCGUUUGUUGAUGCUCCUUCUUCCAUCAAUUUAGGCAAAGGAGCUCAAGACUUUGGGGAUUCCGGAAGUGUGGAAUUGGGUAUCGAUGCUGUAAGAAGUGAACAUGUGAUCAGCGACAAGGCUGAAAAAGCAGCAAUGAAAAUUGAAAGUGCUGGCCAAGGAGCAAUACUCGAAGAACGGACAAACAAGUGUGGUUUUGAAGACAACAAAAAUGUCCCGGAAGCCUUGGACAAGAAGGUAAUCAAACAUGCCAAGGACAAGGAUGAAAAUGAGGUGAAAGAAGAUGAGCAAGAGACAAAUCAGAGUAUAACUGAGGAUGAAACUGAGGCGUAUACAUCAGGAAUGGCCGAUGACUUGUUAUCCCACUUGACCCACUCAACAAAGCAAAUGGAAGACCUUUUUGGUUCUCCUUCAAAUGAAGAACUCAAAAUGGAUGGAGAACAUAGCGAGACAACAGAAACAACUGAAAUCCAGUCUGAGAGAGAAGUAAUUGAGGCCAGCGUUGAGGAAACAAAGCAAAGGACUGAAGGAUUCAUUAAAGAUGAGCAAGGAGAAUCCAAGCAUGACGUUGUUGACUAUAAAUCAAAUCUGGAAGAAGCCAAAGCGACUGCAUUUGAACUGCUGGAGGAACCCAGGACAGCACAGGAAGAACAUAGAGAAAAAGAAAUAAUUGAACACGAAUCAGAACCCGUAAACAUGGCCGUGCUGACACCAGGAAAAGAAGAUUCCAACCAUGAAACAAUGGAAGAGAUUGUGGGAACAAUAACGGAUGGAAAUAUUCAAGCAGCUCAGCAGGUAAUUUCUGAGACACUGAACAUCUGUGAGUCAAAGCAAGAUGAAGCACAAUUCGGAUUCACAGAGGAAAUAGUGAAAAUAAGGAAAGAACCAGUUUCAGAAUCAGUUUGCCCAGUUACUGAAUAUGAGGAAAUCUUGACACCAGAAACAGAAUUGGCCGAGGCCAUCGAGGAGUCAAAGCUAGUGACUGUGGGGUCUGUAAAGGAGGGGCAGCCUGAAGCAGAUCUGGAAUCAAGUGAAUUCAGAAGUCCUGAAAUUGUCUACAAACCAAAUUUUCAUGAGUCAGAGCUGGAUGAAUCCCAAACUGUAUUUACAGAGGAAAUGAUCAAGCCUGAAUGUGAAGCUUUGGAGGAAUCUUUAACAGGACAGAAGGAGAACACAGAAAUCCAUGGAAAUGAGCCAGAAUCUUUUAGAAAAGGUACUGAAAAUGAUCCAGCAAGUGUCACUGAAGAAUCAAAACAGUUGACUUUAGCAACCACUGAAGAUGAGCAACAAGAAGCUAAACAAUUUAGUGAAUCUGAAUUUGCUGAAGCAGUUGAGCUGUGUGAAUCAAAACUGGAUGAAUCGCCCAUUCAACUUACUGAAGAAAGAGAGGAGACUGAGUGUGAUAUUUUGGAGGAACCUGUGAUGGGGCUUAUAGAAGUUGCAGAAAGGGAAUCAAACCAAGUUCUUGAUGAAUCAGAGCAGCAUAAAGCAGGUUUUGAAUCAAGUGAAUUCAUAGUUUCUGAAAUUGCUGCCAAACCAGACAUUCACAAGUCAAAGUUGGAUGAAAACCAAAUUGUAUUCCCAGUGGAAAUGGAGGAAACUGAAUGUGAACCACUGGAGGAAUCUGCAACAGGACAGAUGGAGAACGCAGAAAUCUAUGGAAAUAAGCCAGAAUCUUUUAGUAAAGGUACUGAAAAUGAUCCAGCCAGUGUCACUGAAGAAUCAAAACAGUUGACUUUAGCAACCACUGAAGAUGAGCAACAAGAAGCUAAACAAUUUAGUGAAUCUGAAUUUGCUGAAGCAGUUGAGCUGUGUGAAUCAAAACUGGAUGAAUCGCCCAUUCAACUUACUGAAGAAAGAGAGGAGACUGAGUGUGAUCUUUUGGAGGAACCUGUGAUGGGGCAUAUAGAAGUUGCAGAAAGGGAAUCAAACCAAGUUCUUGAGGAAUCAGUGCAGCAUAAAGCAGGGUUUGAAUCAAGUGAAUUCAUAGUUUCUGAAAUUGCUGCCAAACAAGACAUUCACAAGUCAAAGUUGGAUGAAAACCAAAUUGUAUUUCCAGAGGAAAUGGAGGAAACUGAAUCUGAACCACUGGAGAAACCUACAACAGGACAGAUGGAGAAUGCAGAAAUCUAUGGAAAAGAGACAGAACCUAUUAGUGAAAGUACUGAAAAUGAAACGACACCAACAACAGAAAUUGAGCCAGUCAAUAUUAUCAAACAGUCAAGUCAAAUGACUUUGGAAACCGCUGAAGAUGAGCAUCAAGAAGCUACACAAUUAGGUGAAUCUAAGUUUCCUGAAGCUGUUGACCUAUGUGAAUCAAAACUGGAUGAAUCACCCGUUCAAUGUACUGAGGAAAGAGCUAAGAAUGAAUGGGAUCUUGUAGAGGAACCUGUGACAGGACUUAUGGAAGUUGCAGAAACUCAUGGAAAAGAUCUAGAACCCUUUAGCAUAGAUACAGAGAAUGAGGCAGCACCGACUGUUCUUGAGGAAUCGGAGCUGGCGAUUGUUGGAACCAGAAAAGAGGGGUAUCAUAACGCAGGUUUUGAAUCAAGUGAACUCGUAGGUUCUGAAAUUGCAGACAAAUCAGACAUCCACAAGGCAAAGCUUGAUGAUAACCUAACUGAAUUCUCAGAGGAAAUAGCAGAGACUGAGGAAAGAGUGAUGAGUGAACAGUGUGAUCUUUUAGUGGAACAUGUAACUGGACACGUGGAAGUUGCAGAAGUUCAUGGAAAAGACCUAGAACCUUCAAGAAAAGAUACUGAAACUGUAGCAGAUCUACUGCCAGACAGUGAAUCCAUCACUCUCUUCCUUUUGGAACCAACACAAGAGAUUGUGGUUACAGGGAAAAGUGAGCAGAGGGAAGCAGAUCAGCAGCAGCUGGUGAGUGAGGUCAUUGGCUCUGAAAUUACUGAAAAUCUGGACAUUUAUGGGGCAAAGCUCGACGAAACCCAAAGUGAAUUCACAGCAGGAAUAGUUGAGACUGAAUGUGAAUUCUCCAGUAAGAUGACCUUUAAUGACGAGUCUGUGGACCGUGAGACUGUGGAGGCCAUAGUGGAGGAAGCAGAUCAGUUAAACCAACCAGACGAGAAUUCAGAAGCAGGAACCACAUUGCAUGUAGCGCUCAGAACAGAAGAAGAGACAUUAGGUGACACAGUUUAUGCUAUAUAUGGAUCACAAACACCAGAAAUGGUGAUUAAGCAAGACAGUGAGUCAGUCAUCGUGCUAGUAACGGAAGAGCCUGGAAACCAAAGCGAGACCACAGAAUUUCAACAGGAGGUCAGAGCAGAAGUUGCAGCAGAUGUUAUGAAGAAAUCAGCAGUGAUGGAGCGUGUACACGAGCAGCCAAAAUGUAAUGAACAUUUAGCUCUGCAGGAAACUAUGGCCUAUGGACUAUCUGUCCUUGGAAAUGAAUCUUUGCAAGAGUUCUCAGAUAGUAAACACAUAAUUGAGUUACAGUUACCUGAAGAACAGAUCAGUAUCAUGCAAAUAAAAACAAAAGAGAUGGAGUCUGGUUUUGCUGAGCAAGCAGAAGAAACUGCUGUUGAAUCUGUUGAUAAAAUGCCAAGCUCUUCGCCACAGGAACUGGACAAAUGUGAGAACGUUUCUGUGGGUAUUGAGUUGCUUACAGGACUGACUACGGAAACAAAAGACAGUUUUACUGCACAGAAAGUGGAAGUGCUUGAAGUGAACACUGAAUUAACAGCUGUGAGAGACCGUGUCAUAACCGAAGCAAAGUGUGAGAAAGCUGCAUUUGAAAUGGAUGCUUCAGAAACAGAAAGUGAGUCUACUCUUGCAGCUGUAGAGGCCCCAGAGACGUUUGGAAAAUCAGAGGCUUCUGUUUCAGAUGAAACGUUUGGAAGCCAGAGUCUGUUCAAGCAGGACGAGUGGACUGUGCAAGACAGAUCAGCUGUUGAACCACAUGGACAGCAGAUGGAAUACUCGGGGGAGUUGGGUCUGCCAGAGAGUGAAUCAGCACUGGAAACAUCUGCAGAGAUGCAGAGGGAUUUAGAAAAAGGCGGCGGUGAAGAUGCAAAAAGCCCUGAUGAGACCGAUGGUGGAUUCCCUUAUGAAAAGCAGGUCAUGAUGGCUUCAUUAGGGGUCGUAAAUGAAGUAAUGAGAGGACUGAAACAAAAAUGUGAAGAAAGUCAGAGUUUAUCUUCAAGGGAAAUGGACACACAUGAAAAAGGGGUGACCGAAACAUUGAAAGAAAGGGUGGAAACAUCAGACCCUAAUCUGAAUCUCCUGCAUACAGUGAAAAUCAGACAGAAUUUACCAGUAGAAGCAAUGGACAUUGGCAGCGAAAGAGAAAGAAAAGAAGAAGUCUCUCAGCAUACCACAGGUGAUGACGUAGAGCUUCUUGCAGAGGGAAAAGAGGAUAUUGGUUUUAAAGAAGAAAAGGCCGAUGGUGAAGAGAAAUUACUAGUUGACAGUAAUGGAAACAUGCAAGAAAGAAGCAGACCUGGCCUGAAGAGAGGGUUUGAAAAAAUGGCAAGAAAUGAAGAGAGUAAACCAACAGUUCCUAAGGACUGGGCCGGAACCAGCCUUGUACUCCAGCAGGUCUCCUCAUUGGACUGCACGGUCCAGAAGUCAAAAAUUGCAGUGAAAAACCCUCAUGUUCGACCACCCAAAGACCCUCGUACGCUCAUAAACAAGGCUUCAGUGGAGCCCUUGGCACCGACCCGCCCCUCACAGCCCAGUCCUCUGAGAAAGGCUCAGGGAGAAGGGCUCAUAAUACCACAGAAAGGAGUCCAAGGAAUUGGAUUCAAACUUCCUGGUCUGGGUGCAGGAUUCCCUGCUUUGAGAAAAACUGAUGCUGGUAGGAAAAUCAGGGACGAGGGAGAGACAGAGAGUUCAUCAACAGAGUCUCUUCCCCUUCAGAAAUCUGAUCCCCCGACUGAGACAAAAGAAGAAAGUGUCAAGCCAGAGCAGCCGGCUAACAAACCCAAAUGGACGCCCCCGAGACAUCCUGGGAUGGGAAACCCAAUGAUGAUGUCAGAACUGAAAAGCAAACUCAAAAAGACUGGAAAAGAGUGAAGAGCUUCACCAGAGAAGAACAUCACAAUUUAACCAGCCCUUUUUUACUGAUUCUGUUCACUUUCUUUGCUAUUUCUUCCACAGUGCAAUGAAAACUAGUCUUUUCUUCCCCUGCAGUGCAAUAUAAAAAAAAUCAUAUAAUUUUUUGACUGUGCAAUGUAAAAAAAUGAGAUUUAUAGUAAAGAAAAAAAUAUUUAUAUGUGUAAAAAUUGUCUAAUUAAAUAAAUGUGCAAAUUCUAUUUUAUAUUUAUACUCUUUUAAAUGGGAAUCUUUGAUAUGUUGAUAUAGUUUAAAUAAAAAGUUAAAAUGUAAACAGUUAUUCAUAGUGAACUGUUCACACUGGAGCCGAAUUGAAGCAGAUACCACAACAUUAUUACAAAUGGUUAGAAAUACACUGAGACACAGUUUAAACACAGGUCUAACAUGUGUUUUAGUAUAGAGAGGGAUACAGUCCCCCAUAAAUUGCUAAAUUGCUGUUUUUCUAUCAUACCAAUCCAUAAAUAACGUAAAAGUGUGUGGCACUUUUCAUUCAUUACACACUCUUCAUUCAUUUGUGCAUUCAUGCUUUACUGAAGUACUUCUAUUUUGGGUAAUUUUUUACACUAUUUCCAAAGUCAAAUAUAGUUUCGUCCUAUACAUUAUACGCUAUAAAAUCUAAAGUAAUUCAUUUUGGGUUUUGCAUGCAUAACAAUUUUGCAUAUUAAAACAAAAGAAGCAUAAAGCAAGCUCACCAGCAGGGUACAGCACACACUUUGCAAACCUAUAGUUCAUUGUCUGUGCUACAGGGUACAAUAUAGGGAAUGUCUGUGUCUGCAUAAACUAUGGAAUAAAUAGAAUAUAUAGUUAAAAAUAAUAAAGGAAAACUCAUUUGUACCUCUGAA